AUGGUUGCGGCGCUGUUUGGCUGCUGGUUCCGCGUGGGCGGGGCCCGCUCUGGGGUGUCCGGCCCGGUCAUCCCGGUCGGUCGGACUGUGGUACAGACCUCCAUGAGCCGGUCCCAGGUAGCCCUGCUGGGCCUGGGCCUGCUGCUCAUGCUGCUACUGUACGUGGGGCUGCCAGGCCCCCCUGAGCAGACCUCCUGGCUCUGGGGAGGCCCCAAUGUCACAAUCCUGGCUGGUCUCACCCCUGGCAACUCCCCCAUCUUUUACCGCGAGGUGCUCCCACUCCACCGGGCACACAGGGUGGAGGUGGUGCUGCUCCAUGGAAAGGCCUUUAACUCCCACACGUGGGAGCAGCUGGGCACACUGCAGCUGCUGGCGCAGAGGGGCUACCGGGCCGUGGCCCUUGACCUCCCAGGUUUUGGGAACUCAGCACCUUCCAAGGAGGCAAGCACAGAGGCAGGGCGGGCAGAGCUGCUGGAGCGAGUGCUUCGAGACCUGGAGGUGCGGAAUGCCGUGUUGGUGAGCCCCUCUCUGAGUGGCCGUUAUGCCCUGCCCUUUUUGAUCCAAGGCCACCACCAGCUGCGUGGAUUCGUGCCCAUCGCACCCGCCUCCACCCAGAACUACACCCAGGAACAAUUCUGGGCCGUGAAGACCCCGACUCUCAUCCUGUAUGGGGAGCUGGACCGCAUCCUGGCUCGGGAGUCACUGCGGCAGCUCCGUCACCUGCCCAACCACUCCGUGGUGAAGCUGCGUGAUGCAGGCCACGCCUGCUACCUCCACAAGCCUCAAGACUUCCACCUUGUCCUCCUUGCCUUCCUUGACCACCUGCCUUGA